UGAUAAUGAGGGUUACUUUUGUUAGUUUAUCUUUCUACAGUGCUUGGUUCUACUCAAUAUCAGGUGGUAACAAUUACAUAAUUGCGUCUAAUAAGCAUAUUGUAUGAAAUCGAUCAAUUAAUCUUCGAGCCGUGCCCGAAUAAUAUGUUUUUCAAAUGCUAUACAUAUCGUACAGUACUUUCACUUUUAGACCAUGACUACCAGUCGCCCGUCUAUCUCAUAGGGAAGAUCAUUUUGGGCGAAGCAUCAUUCAAAACAAAGAUUAUGAACAGUCCACGUGCAUCUCUGCCUGCUGUUCGGCGCAGAUGGAUCCGAUUUGAGAUUUUGUCAAUUGCAUGAGCAGUUAUCAUUUGUUUCUUCGUCUUUAUUCGUUAUUGUUAGGUGUACAGUAUUGUAAAGGGGUCGGACAAGGGCCUGCCUAUUGUCACUAAUUAUCAAUAUGAGUUCUCUUGAAGAAAGUGGUGAAGCCCAGCUGGGAUUGACCAAUGGCGAUGGUGAUGGUGAAAUCAAAGUAGCAAAGAAAAGAUCCUUAAAACGCAAAGUAGAAGAAAUGGACACUGAUGAGGUAGCAAAUGAGACGGGAAAAGCUCCCAUUCAGUUCCCACCGGCAAAAGAACGCAACAUGGGACAAGCUUGCGUUAGAGAUAUACGAAAAAUUCGCGUUCCUCAACAUCGUCGUACUCCUCUCAAAGAGAAUUGGGCCAAAAUCUUCACUCCGUUAGUCGAGCACCUCCAGCUUCAAGUACGCUACGUCCCAAAAAAUUACACCGUUGAAAUAAAGGCAUCGAAUAAAACAACGGAGAGCGGUGCCCUACAACGGGGUGAAGAUUUUGUGCGAGCUUUUGUUCUCGGCUUUGAGGUAGACGACGCUCUGGCUCUGCUCCGUUUGGAUGAACUGUACCUCGAGACAUUUCAGGUUGAAGACGUCAAGACUCUUAAGGGCGAUCACAUGUCACGCUGCAUCGGUAGACUGGCCGGCAAGGGCGGUAGAACCAAGUUCACUAUUGAAAAUACGACAAAGACACGAAUAGUUCUAGCCGACAAUAAAAUCCACAUUCUCGGAUCGUUUCAGAAUAUCCGUGCUGCCCGAACUGCCGUAUGCAAUUUAAUACUGGGCAAGCCACCGAGCAAAGUCUAUGGAAGUAUGCGCAUGUUAGCGGCCCGGGUCUCGCAAAGGCUUUAAACAAAACAAAGUUUAGGGUAAUUUUCUUUGUGGAUCAUGUUAUUAGGGCCGGUGUGUGUUUAAACUUUGUAAAUAAAUGACUACCUGCCAAGAAUAAACGUUUUUGACCCAUACACUAUAUAAUUAGGUAAAAUUUUUAGUUAAUCUUUAUUUUUCUUUACAGCUUCUUCCUUGCAAUAAUUCUUGUGAAUUCAUUGCUUUUUACGGUUAAGCUAUAUCGAAGCUGAUAUCACAUGUUAUUAUUAUGUGCCAUCGAUAGUCCCGUAAAUCAUGCGUAUACAAGCCCAUAGCGAUGUCGAAUUAAGUGAUAUUUUAAUCAUAUCCCCUAAGAAAAUGCCGAUGGGUGUUCUCAGGAAGUUAUCAGAACUAGUACAUUUAAGAAUAUUAAUGACCGUUUGGCAAUAUUUAAAGUGAACUUUCGUAAAGCAGCUGCCCACAAGACCUGUAUAGAAAAAUAGGAACUGAAAAUUAUUUUAGCGGAUUGGAAAAUAUUCUUCCGCUUCAGCUUACCAAUAAUGUCAUCAAAAAUACCUCGAUAUUUUUAGAACCCCCAAAGGCUAGAGCAACUAUUCAUCGUGCCUUUGAGCCAAAUUAUCAGAAAUGCAUUUUUAUGAUAAAGGUUGUAUAAAUUCUUAUUCUUUUAUUUAUUAUCGCUAAACGCUUGCAAACGAUUUCAUCAUUGACGAAUGUUGGACUUUACAACCUCUUAAGAUACCUACUCUACGGGUAAUAUGACGUACGAAUGUUUAUGGAACAUCUCUUAUUUGUAAUAUUUCGUAAUACAUUAUAGUAUGUGAUUUGCGAUAAAGCGGUAAGGUAUCGUCAAAAAUGUUCUGCAGACCAAUCUCUGGUGUUCUACGAUGAUCUUCGGUCUCAGUAGCUUAACAUCGUCUAUUGAAUGUUCUACAAAUUAUGCAUCUGCCGGACAUAGUAGCGGUUCAAUCCCAUUUUCAUAAUCAUCCAAUAUGGAAGUUAAUUAGGAGUGCUCAAUUGGAUAGCCCAAUACGCAUUCAAAACAGAAACUUGACGCUAUGUCCACAUGAUUUUUGGAACCUAUCAAUCUUGUAAAAUCGUUUACCUAAUUCUGUUAAACAAGUCUCUACUCUCAAGAAGUUUACUGAGUAGAUAACUUAUGAACUUCGUGAAAACAACUGCUUUUCUUUUUUUUUUAUACCUCUAUCCAUCCUUUAUCUGUCAGUAGCCCUUUGAGUUUUAUUUCCAAUAUUGCCGAUUAUUAGAUACUCGGCUAAUAUUGUAAUAUGAUGUUUAUUAUUAUUAUUGUGCUCUUAUUAUUAUUAUGAGCGCAAUGAUCCGUGAUCGCUUAGUGGAUGAGAUAUCUGUCUGCCAAUCUUAAGGACACGUUCUGGUCUAGGCUCAAAUUCAGGCGCAAACGCACUUUGUUUCGUGAUAGGGUGCGACCGUUUGAUGGAAUGCCUAACGGCGACGCCGGACGUAAAACACGAAACAUAGAGAGGAUGAACGCGCUACUCGGUGUAUUUGCGGUACGAGUCUAACUUAGAAUGUGUUCUCAAUAGUAUCUGUGCGCAUGUAUUUGCUUUAACGGAAGUCGACACUAUGGACUGUGGUAUAGAAAUGACUAAAAUUAUAUUAGUAAACCUAACUUGAGAAGGUAUACAGUAAAUACGAUGUUGGUGUUUUCGUUCUAGCGCUUUGUAAUCACACUUUAUUUGAAAACUUUUUACUUUUUUGCCAUUAAAGGUGUGUGUGUGUCUAAGAUAAGACGUCGCCACGCCACCCCUCCCUCAAUUCAAAAUUGUAAGUCAUGCGCUAUUCCAUUAGAAGACAACAAGUUAAUGAUCAUAUUACAAAAUUCACUUGACUUCUUUGUCUUGCGGUCCCAAAUAUUAUUUUUGUUUUUCGAUUUGGCUCUCCAUAUGUACAUACAGCUAACCAAAAGUGUUGUCGUUGUUGACGGCGACUAUGCUUUUUACUUCUAAGGUUACGAUAAAACUUCUAAUUUUUACUGCUACAAAUAAUUAUAAAAAUCAUACUGACGAUACAAUUGUCGUAAUAUUUAACUGGAGCACAUGGAACAUUUUAUUUGGACUAAAGGUGAGCUAACCGAGGUUUCGUAAGAGAGGCCUUGUUCUUGACGCCAUCAACCCAGUUACUGUUAUUUUGGCCAAUCAUAUCGGUAUAGUCGACCCAACCUGGUGUCGACGGCUCUGCGUACAUAAUACUAUCGUCAUGCAAGUCCCGAAAACAAACAAAAAGUAAAAGAAUUAUAUACUUGGAUUCAGCCGUUGCCGACAUUCCCUUUAAUGUCAAUAUCUCAUUAUCACUAUUUCAUAUAUAUAUGUAUAUAUAAAAUUAGGCUAUACCUAAAAUUCACUCGUACUGGCUAUUUUCUACCAUGGGUACGGCGGCCACAGUUUACAUCGUCCUGCAAUAUAUUCAUGAUGAUACACACCGUCUGUUAUCCUUCUUAGCAAUAAGUAUUUAUUACUAAUUUUGUUCCAGAAAUGAAUAAAAAUUGACGAUUACCAUCCCGAAAAUGAGUUUUGCAACUGUUACAGUAGUUGUUAUAAUCAUAGCCGUUGUUGUUUUUGCUUUACUUAGAAUUGCAGAAUGAAUAGAGUCGCUGAUUUUACUCCUUCAUUCUUUGUAUAACCAUGAGUCUGUGUGUCCAUCCCAUACAAGAUGACACACUUUUCGUACGGUUUAUGUGUCAGAGAUCAUCUGUUUUCGCUCCCAAAAGGAGACAUGCCAUUCAGUACAGCAGAUUUUUAAACCUUCAAGUGCUUAAUGGCAUCUAAAAUUUUGCGGGA